ACUCUUCUCUUUCACUCCCACUCUCUCUUCAAAAAUGAAUUCUCUCUCUUUCCCUCUCUCCUCUCUCUUCCUUUCCACAACCCAAAAAAUCCAUCUUUUCCCAUUAUACCCCCAUCAAUACAAGAAAUCACAUACCUACCCUCUCCCCCUCUCCUUCUGCCCUUCUCAAACCCCAUCAUCAUCACCGUCCAUCUCAGCAUCCAGCCAAAUCCCACUCUCAGCCAUCCCCAUCGAAGAAAUCGUCGAGAAGGACUGGUCCUUCCUUGAGCCCACAGAUGCCGAUUCCGAUCCCAAUCUCACCGUUAAAACCUCCAGAAUAAUCUCAGCUGCCCAAAUCAAGCCCAAUUCCAGGAUCCUCGUAUCGCUCGGGAGCGAAGGAUUCGUCGACCGCUUGGUCGAAUCACUGCCGUCGGAUCUACAGCUCCUGCUCGUCGUCCACGAGUCGCUGUUCGUUCUCGCCGGCAUCAAGGAGAAGUACGACGACGGUAUCCGGUGCUGGCAAGGGGGAAUUGUCGAAGUGCCGGAGAAGUGGGCCCCGUUCGACACCAUCUUCCUGUGCUACUUGCCUGGAUUGGAUUCUCCGCUCGAUCAGAUUCUUGGAGCAAUCGCAGAACAGUGUUCGGAGGGUGCAAGAUUGGUUAUUGGUUUUGCUCAAGGGAGGGAGGCUGUAGAGAGACACCGACAACAGUAUCCUGAGAUGGUGACUUCUGACUUGCCUGAUAAGGUCGCUUUAGAGAAAGCCGCAGCCACGCACUUGUUCCAGGUAACUGAGUUCAUAGAUGAGCCCGCUUUUUACCUUGCGGUUUUGAAUUUUCGCAAGGUGGGAAAUUCCACAGAAUAGAUCAGCAAUGCAGUUGGAGUUCCCUGUUGUAGAAUAGAGAAUGUGAUUGGGAAUAUGUAACAGUUUUGGUGUGAAUUUGGAAAGCAUUUUGUGCA